UGCCGGUCCUUACGCCGUGCGUCUGACGUCACAGCGCACAGACGCCGCGAGAACGAGGGAGAAGGAGGAAGCAGCUUCUCCGCGCUCGCAGCCGCCAUUUUGUCUGUGCGCGCAGGGCGGAGACGGAGCUCGCUCGCUUUCUGUUCCAGUUGUAAGUGUUGUGCAUGUACCUGUUUGAACAAAGAAUUCCUGCACCUAACAUCCAGCAACAGAAGCUGUGGGAGAUGAGGCAUUCAAAGCAAUCUCAUUGUCCUGAGUGGGACGACAGGAGGAGCUGGGAUCAGAGGAAGCACAGCAGCAGCCGCAAGCGCAGAAAGAGGUCCCACAGCAGUGGCCAGGAGAGCAAGCACUAUAAACCCAGUCGCGUUUCAGAAAGUCAUUAUUUGGACGAUAGAGCCAUAAAUGAAAGAGACCAUCAUGACCGGAGAUAUGUUGAGGAAUACAGAAAUGACUUCUGUGAAGUGUAUGACCACAGGCAUUAUCACAGAGACUAUGAAAAGAGUCACCAUCAUCACUAUAGCAAAUCCUCUGGUCGGAGCAGGAAAAGUAGUCAUAAAAGGAAGCAUAAGAGACAUCAUUGCUCCAGUCACCAAUCGCAUUCGAAGAGUCACCGAAGGAAAAGAUCCAGGAGUGUAGAGGAUGAUGAGGAGGGUCACCUGAUCUGUGAAAGUGGAGACGUUCUAAGAGCAAGAUAUGAAAUUGUUGCGACUUUAGGAGAAGGAGCUUUUGGAAAAGUAGUGGAGUGCAUAGAUCAUGAUAUGAGAGGAAUGCAUGUAGCAGUUAAAAUAGUGAAAAAUGUUGGUCGAUACCGGGAGGCAGCCCGUUCAGAAAUACAAGUGUUGGAACACUUAAACAACAUGGAUCCAAGCAGCAAUUUCCGCUGUGUCCAGAUGCUGGAGUGGUUUGAUCACCAUGGCCAUGUCUGUAUUGUUUUUGAGCUACUGGGGCUCAGUACUUAUGAUUUUAUUAAGGAAAACAGCUUUCUGCCAUUUCAUAUUAAUGACAUUAGAAACAUGGCCUAUCAAAUUUGCCAGUCUAUAAACUUUCUACACCAUAAUAAACUAACUCACACAGAUUUAAAGCCUGAAAAUAUCUUGUUUGUGGAGUCUGAUUACAUAGUGAAGUACAAUGCCAAAAUGAAACGAGAUGAACGCACUUUAAAAAACACAGACAUCAAAGUUGUUGAUUUUGGAAGUGCGACUUUUGAUGAUGAGCAUCAUAGCACAUUAGUGUCUACAAGACAUUAUAGAGCUCCUGAGGUCAUUUUAGCACUGGGAUGGUCUCAGCCAUGUGAUGUGUGGAGUAUUGGUUGUAUUCUGAUUGAGUAUUACCUGGGAUUUACAGUGUUUCAGACUCAUGACAGUAAAGAACACCUGGCAAUGAUGGAAAGAAUACUGGGGCCUCUGCCCACUCACAUGAUCAAGAAAUCCAGAAAACAUUAUUUUCACCAUGACCAGUUGGACUGGGAUGAGCACAGCUCUGCAGGCCGGUACGUCAGGAGACGCUGUAAGCCUCUGAAGGAAUUCAUGCAUUGCCAAGACACAGAUCAUCAAAGUCUGUUUGACCUUGUUCGCAGAAUGCUGGAAUAUGACCCAGCCAAAAGAAUUACUCUUGAUGAAGCCUUGCAGCAUCCUUUUUUUGAUCCAUUAAAUAAAUAAAUUCAAAGAUCUUCUAUGCUUCUUCAAGGAGAUUUCCUAGACUGUGUCAGUCAGUCAGCAGAGGUUGCAUGAAACUUUUGUAAGCUUUAAAUUAUUUUGUACAGUUAAGUCUGUAAAUAAUUACAUAUGUUUUGUAUAACUGUUAUGUUUACCUUGUUGAGCAGUUGUAGUCUUAUGGGUAUCAAAGUGAAAAAUAAAAGUAAUUUUCAUUUUUGAAA